AUGAACAUGAGCUUGUUGGCGGUGGUAUCGCAUCAGGCAGUCCAGAAGCUGCAUCUCUUUUUGAACCAAGAGCUGUCCAACAGCGCCUGGGCCUUUUCAAGAUUCUCAGAGGUUGAGGUCAGCCUCAGGAGGGCGUUGAAGAGUGAAGUGCAGCGGCGGAUGUCGACCUUUGAUGCCCAAGCAUUGGCCAACCUCUCGGAUUCGGUCAAAGACAUGUCUGAGGAGUUGCUGGAGAGACUAGAGCCUACGUUGGAGGAGUUUGUCAACGGAAUGCCCAAGACGCUCACAGAUUGGAGUGGUUCUGCAUUUGUGCAGGUGCUUCAUCGAGUUGGGGUUGACAACUUCGGCGUCGCAGGGACGCAGAGUCUACUGUCAAAGAUGGGCAUCUCAGAGCCUGCGCUCGAUUUCCGACGACGAGCAUUGGUUCGGAUUCAGCAGACCUUGGACGAUGGUGAUGCACGGAAGGACAUUUGGGGGUUGACGCACAAACGCGUCCUUUGCUACGGAGAGUGGGACUUGACAGAGGAUGGGCAGCCACUCCGUGGUACCUUAUUGCGAGAGAAUGGCAUCCGUGUUGGACACGCUGCUCCGCCAUCUUGGCUCCGUGCCUUUCCCACUCCGAUCAAUAGCCUAAUUGGCCGCGAUCUAUGUGGCGAGUUCCAACUCACGACCGGCAUUGGUUUAAUCCUUGACACAGCCCACGGCCAUCUCUGUGGAGAGGUGAUGUUUUUCUCAACAAGCACGCCUUGCUGCUCCUGCAUCGCAGUCCUCCGGCAGAUGCAGCUCCGCUUUCCAGG